AUGGUGUUGGGCUAUACGGUUUGUGUCAUCAACACGCAGGUGAGUGUGUGUGAGCUGCUGCCCGCGGAUCGUCGCCAGCAGCAGAUCGAGCAGGUUGUGGUGUACGACCAAGGGUCCUGGUCCGUGCCUAGCGGCGAUGACUCCUUCAUCGUCGUGCUCCUGGCAAAACUGGCCAGAGCCUUUCCAGGAAGUGUGGCUCUCCUUACAGGUGGACUGCUGGAGUUCUCUAGCCGCCAUCAUACACUGUGUGAGGAAGGCAGUUCGCGGGGUCCUCUGACGUCCCUGUCGCAGCCUUGCUUGAGCGCCGUGGGGCCGACGAGGAUCCUGCCUUUUCUAUUCCUGGGCUCCCAGAGGGAUGCUCAAGACCCCGACCUGCUGGCGGCUCACAACAUCUGCUACGAGCUGAACGUCAGCACGUCGUGUCCUAAGCCGGACUUCAUCCCCGACGCGCACUUCUUGCGCAUUCCCGUCAAUGACAGCCACGCCGACAAGCUGCGGCCCCACUUCGCUCGAGCCUGCCGGUUUCUGGACAAAGUACGGGAAUCAAGUGGAUGCGUGCUAGUGCAUUGUCUGGCCGGGGUGUCUCGGUCUCCAACUGUGGCCAUCGCAUACGUCAUGCGACACCUAGGUCUCUCAUCGGACGAUGCCUACCGGUACGUCAAGAGUAAACGUCCCAGCAUAUCACCUAACUUCAACUUUCUCGGCCAGCUGUUGGAGUACGAGCGCGAGCUACAUGGUGAGGCCAUUCACCGGACAGGGGGCGCCGCUAGUGCCCCACUGCCGGAAGAAAAGAGGCCCACCAGCUGCCGUGAAGAGCCUCGCGAGGCGGAACAACCGCCUCCUCUCGUGAGACCUGCUGCGGACCCACGGUGGUCGCUGUGCCGGCUCAGCCUGGACUUGCGAGGCUGGAACACCUCCGGCAAUCGACGAGACGUGCAGCGUAGUCGAAGCUGCAACAUUCAGAACUGGCCACUGCUCGGACCGCACCCAGAGGAAGAUGCCGCCUCCGCAUUAUCACUAUCGGCUACAAACUGCCAGUACACGGAGCACCAUAAACCGGUCGAAGAAGAAGGGGUUAUCCUGCGCAGGCGACAGAAGGCAGUUGAGCCACACAAGGACACUUGGAGCCAUGACAGUGCUUAUAGGUCUCUCACCCUGGAAGACAUGGCUGAGCUGGAGGCAGCGACGACGGGUGUGGAUGCUGAAGCUUCUUUGUGUUCCCAUUCUCCUCAUCUACAAAUGAGUCCCCUGAGCCCUUCUGAGAGCCACUUAUUGCAGGACUUUGCCUCCUCCCCACCAGCAGAUACUGGCUGCCCUGCAGAAAACCCGUGGAGUCGGUCAGUUGAGCUAGAAGGAUCCCACGACUCUGGCGUCACCAGUGCAUCAUCCAGUUCUUUCUGGGGCACUCCAUUGCGGGCGCCAUCAUGUUCCUCCUCUUCAUCUUCUACAUGCUCGUCCACUUCCUCUUCCUCCUCGUCUCUGGCGGCUCAUGCCGGCAUAUACGGCAGCGAGUGCGGCAUCACCAGCUUCUCUUCGUCACGAGCACUGCCACGUGCCCAAUCUUGCCCCGUCAUGCUGGGCAGCUGGCUGCGCAGGGCCUCGAGCCUCGACGAGUUUCCCCUCUGUUCCUCGUCACACGCGGCUGCGCUAUCACGACCACGCAACCGCUACAGUUGUGGCAGCCUGGAGGCCGUGCUCGGUGAAGGGGGCAUUUCGGUGGCCGCCAUCUCGGUGUCCUCACUGCGUGAAGCCACCGUUCGGCGCCAGACGCCGUACUCGCGCCGCUCAGCCAGCCUCAUCCCGGUCUCGUGACGGCGGCCCGCACCGCGACCGCUAAGCCUAACGAUGGCUGUGGCAGUGUCGCAGCGAAGCCUCGCCAGUGACGUGGCCGAACUGCUGCUGGCGGCUGCAGCCGCCGCGUUCGCCUGGGCACUUAUGGGACUUGCGGCUCUUAUCUAAUCGGCACCAUCCGUGGAAAAAAAGGGGGGAGUGGUUGCAGAAAACGAGAAGUGGAGUGGACGGUUACAGGUCGCCAGAAAACCAGUCCUUGUGUGGACAGUCACAGACAACUUGAAUCAAGGGCAUACUUGUAUGUUGGGACCGGAUUUCUGGUCAGCGGAGUCAUAAACUCUGUUGCCUCUGUGCAAAUGAAAAUGACUGAUUGGUGCUGUACUCUUCUGCCAUGUGGAUUAUCGCGUGAUAACAAGUUAAACCGGCGCAUGUUGCAAGGCCAAAGUCAAAACGCAGUGAUAGUGUGCUCGCUGCAGGGUCCCAUGGUGAAGAGACACUUCUUUGUUCAGCCACUGCUGUGGUGUUGCAGCAGCCCUAUUUGCCCAGAAUGCUAAUAGUUUCUGCCUGGCUAUACCAGAAGACUCUGAGGGACAGUUCCUUGACCUCAUACUUAUUGCUCUGCAACAGCUGCCCCAUAACUUGGAAUGCCUGCUUUCCCGAUGUCCUAACCACAUAUUCUUCUGCUGUGGCUUCUCUGCAGCUUCUUGAGAAUUGCUGACCAGUCGAAACCUUAUCCAUCUAAAGCACGCCAGAAUAUUUCAAUUUGAUGCCCGCAACUUGAGGGCAUAAUGUAAAGUGACACGACUUAAAGAGACCACCCCUUGCACCAAAUAUUGUUCUUGUCAUGUAUGUGGCAUGGCAUUAGGCUUGCAAACUUCAUAUAUUGAUACAUAAGACUGAGCCUAACGAUAUUAGAGCAACAUUGAUCAGGGAUAAGUGCUUCUUCUCAAUAGUGUAUUGUAUUUUUGACUGCUUUGAUGAGAUGAUUGCCCAUAAAAAGGAUAGCUCAUGAUGGCUAUGCAAGUUUGUGCUAGAAAAGUGCUGUGACGGUUGCCACUAAAUCCAAAGAACUAGUGGUCUGCAAGUAUAAAUCUUAAAAUCGUAAGGUAAAUAUCCACGUCUAUCAUAAGGAUACUGCUGCAAUAUGAAUGGGCUAGCCUGCAGUGCAACACAAGGGAUCCCUUUUGAUGAUAUUGCCUUUUUCUGAAUACCUUGCUCCAUCUGAGUUGUGCCCCUAAAAGUUUUCCUAUUGGCACAAAGUAGGCUUUGGGAGCCUCUCUUCUUGCACUUUGGCUUCUCUGGAAUAGCCUACUGAGCCACUCUUACCAGUGGGCUCGACGAGACACGAAUAGGGCAUAUUUGAUCAGAUGUGGCAUUCCACAAAACGAAAUUCUCUCUAGCAAAAGUUUCAAUGCCGAGAGUACGUGUUGGUCUAGAUCUGGGCCUGCUAUCUAUUUGCUGUUGAUGUCUUUCUAGGCACACAAUAUUUCUCUCCCUGACCAAGUGAAUGCCAUUCGUACUUUUGCCUACUCUUCCCGUUCCCAUGGUGGCAGCACAGGAGGGGCAGCCUUUAAGGAAUCACAGGCAUGUGUGGCAUGUAUGUCGAGACACAUUUUAUGGAUGUCUCUAUGAAUGCAUCGCUCUCGCUUUUUUUAUGCGUGCCUAUUCUCCUGUUUUGUAAACAUUGUCUCGUCAGAUGAACAAGUGGUUUUCAUCUUUAGUGUGACUGGGGUGCACUAAGAAGGCCUCUUUUACUGCUGCUCCAAAGACGUCUUGCCAAAGCUGCAGUGGCUCUUGGCUUACCUGAUGGGGGAUAGUGUUCACACUUCCCCGACAAUGUACAAAUCGUUCUUCCUUAUCUUCACCAAAUAAACUUUUUUGUUUGUUCGUAGCAUGUAGCGCACUUGUUUUCUGUCAUGGCAUUUGCCUUAUCAAGACAGCAGGCUUCUGUAGUGCUAGCAUGUAGAGAUCUAUCCCCGAGUGGUAUUUAUUGAAGAAAAAAAUAAGAAACUAGUCGAGCAAGCUUAGGAGCAUCUUAGACCAAGCUGCAAUCUGUCUUCCUAUAUAUAGUUACACUCCGCACCCACCGAGGGAGUGGUGUGUUUUUCCUUUUGUUCUCAUCUUUCUUGUUGUUGUUUUUGUUAGUGAAAGAUUGCACACAUUGUCAUUAUGUAUAUUGCAUGUGUGUGCACAUUGAGAAUGUUCUGUGCUUAUCGAGUCUGCGACGGCCAGUUCUUUUAUGUGAUUUUAAUGUCGGGCGCAAGUUAGGCUGCAAAAAGUUGUAAAUGCUUUGAAAUGCGCCAACGUCACAGCCAGGGCAUUGAGUCAAGCAGCAGCACUUGGCUGAUAUAGGCAAACAUAAAAUUUAUUUUUAUUUUUAUGUUUGGGAAACCUAUAAACAGAGCCCACCAGCUGCCAGAGUUCUGUGAAACAAAUCCAACUUCAAAAAGCUUCAGCUGCAAGCUUUUCCUGUCCAUGGGACAAAAAUGUGCAAAGCAGAGAAAGUAUUAAACAUAGUGCUUAAUUUUUUUUUUAAUUUUGCCUGCGUGUGACAUCUUCAUCGUUUUUGUCUUUAAUUCCAAUGUUGUGUAAAAUAUCUACAUAUUUGUCAGUAAUGUCAACUAUGGCUGUUAGUAUGGUGUGUUGCAAAUAACCUCUAUGCCCUGCCACACCAGUCACUUUUUAGCAUUUUGCGUGACUCUGUUUUGUUGAUUGAUUGAUUUGUGGGGUGUAAUGUUCCAAAACCACCGUAUGAUUAUGAGAGACGCCGUAGUAGAGGGCUCCGGAAAUUUUCACCACCUGGGGUUCUUUAACGUGCACUCAAAUCUGAGCACACGAGCCUACAACAUUUCUGCCUCCAUCGGAAAUGCAGCCGCCGCAGCCGGGAUUCGAUCCCGCGGCCUGCGGGUCAGCAGCCGAGUACCUUAGUCACUAGACCACCGCGGCGGGGCGGCUCUGUUUUGUGCUAACCACUGAUGCAUCGAUUCAGGCACAUUUACCGAAACUGCGAGCUUUUCAUAGGUACAGUGCACAACCAUGGUUGUAUAUAUUCUCCGGUGUAUUUUUAAAUAAGGGUGUCAUAACACACAACACAAAUAUAUUAGAGACACAUAGCAAGAAAGGUGCAAUUAGUUUGCCCUCACUGAUUACCUCUUCAACUUUUCAUGCAAAUGCAUUUUAUUGUACAAAGGGAAUCACAGCCUACACUGUUAAUGAAAAUCUGCAACAGUUUAUUAAGAUUUGUUAAAUGUACACAAGCGUACAGCUUGUCUUUUAUGUUUGGCAAACGUUGUACCUCUUGGUAAUUCCUGACCCACUUUGUUUAGGUUUUCAGAAUAUAUUAGCCUUUCAAACAAAUUUGUGAGAAAAAUAAAUUGUGUGGUUUUGCUAUUUUUGAAAGUAUUGCUUUUAGUUCUUGUUUUGCUGCCAUUGCAAGUGGUAAACGUUCACGUAAGCUUCUUGUCUGCAGGGUUUGCAGUGUGCUCACCUAUAAAACCAUUCUUGUCUCUCUCUCUCUGUAUGUGCUGCAGUUGAACAGAAUAAAAUGAACUGCUUUAGUUGCAGGAACCAGUAGUUUGCCACGUGAGUAGCGAUAACACUGUUAUCUGCAUCAGACAGGUUAGUGCUUUGAUAGGCGAGCUAGCUGGUACAUGAUAAGCAGAACACAAAAUCAGGCACUCGUCUCUAUUGUCCUGUCUAAUCUCGCACUUUAAUUGUUUUAUUUGCAGACAGUUCAACACUACAUUUCUUACCAUCGAGAGUGACGGACAGUAAAACUGCGUGAGACUUGAUUAUACAUAUCUACCUAGAAUGCUGCAGCUUGUUAGCAUUUUGUACAUCCAUUGGAAGCAAAAUGGGCUCUUUGAUUUAACAGUGGUGAGCUUAAGUUAUAGUAGUACUUGUGCGAAAAGCAUGAUGAUUAGGCUCAAUACGCAAUAAAGAAACACGUAAUGUGUAAAAAAUGUGGGUGAACGUACUUGAUUCAUCACCACCAGUGUAAAAGAUAAAAGUUCCAAGUUCUUAGUGUGUACCACUAAUCAGUUCUGCAUUAUAUUCAUUUGAGCGUCGAUGCUCAUGCAACGCAUGCACGAGAAAAAUAUCUGACACAUUUUCUAUGUUAUUUCUUGGUGUAAUGUAUUGCUUCUUGCGUCCCCAACUGAAUGAUUGGACACUUUCAAGUGAAGAAGCAUGGCUGACAGAACUGUGAAUGUGUUACUGUAGGCAACAUCUGCUGUGCUUCGCACUUUUUCUUGCUUGUUGCACUUAUUGUAGCAGUGCCAUCUAUGAACCGUGACGCCAGUCUUCCUUUGUUAGACGUAUGGUCGGACGACACCCGUGCAAUGUGUGCUUAAGACCUAAGCGUGCCCUACACAGGCAGCGUACUACGCAUGGUACUCCUUGUGUGCAAUCAAAGCUAUUGCGGACGAGGGGAAGGGUCGCCUUGGUCAUGUCGUGAAACAUUUUCCUCAUAGUGUGUGCAUUAUUUACACCUCUGGUCAAGUUUUUCUUCCUCCAUUGCACAUACACGCAAUGUUUGCCUAGUGCCUUGUCAUGUGUGUCCACUGACCUUGUAUAGCGCUAACUGCCAUCGGUGUCUGUAUUGUGCACACUGUAUGGAAUGUGAAGUGUGCAUCGCUCCCUCAUUCCCUCUGUAAGCAUGUGGCGCUUGUAGUGUUGAUGUCUGUAUGGGAAUCACAAAAAGAACAAGCAUAUCAACCCUCAAAAUAUUUUCUGAACUUUGAUUUGACAUGUCGUGGGUGGGCACAUUUGGCUGUCGAUGCAUUGCCGAGUGUAGCUAAUGAUAAACGUACAUGGUAUACAGAAGCCGGCUGUUAACGGUCUGCGGCACUUGGCAGCUGCAUCACACGUCCAGUCAGUCAUGAAGUACUGGCCUGGCGAGCCCAUGGUGAUAUUUAUCUCUGCGCUGUCUACUGACAAGCUGCUGUUGUCGAGAGUGCUGCUAUUGUGAUUGCAUGGCCACAGCCACCUCAUACAACUUUUGAUAUAUAUAUAUAUACAUACGCGCGUCAAUACGCGUCAUACGAUCGUCAAUAUAUAUAUAUUAUAUAUACAUGAAAUCCCCAGAUACAACUUUAAAAGUUCGGUGCAUUUUCUCCUCAAAGGUUAGUCCACAAAAGUCUGCACCAGUGGUGGGCGUGCAAUCCAGAGUGACUCCGCCUUCGAAGAACAUUGCCGAAAGCAAGCCUUUUCUAGUCUCAGCUGCCUUGUUUCGGCCUCUUAAGCAGAGCCUUUCCGGACUUCUGAUGUUGUAUCCAACUGAAAAGAUGCCCGCUGCGUGAGCCGAAAAGCUGGUUCGCAGCCCGCUUCUUCUCUCCACAGUAUGACUGCCAGCUGCGAGCUCUUGUUUCGGCGGCCCUUCGAAACCUUUAUGCCUCCAAGAACGCAUCAAUAUCCAGAAGGCAGCGUCCGUCGUCCGCCCUAAAUGCUGCGCCAACAGUUAUGAUGGCGUCAAUGCUAUCAUAAGCAUGCACAGGGUUCCCCGAUGUGGAGGAGAGGUGAAUUUUCGUCGGAGCACUCCCCUCCCUAUCAUGUCAAUGGGGCUAACUUUACACCCCCCUUCCUAUAAUAUGUCAAUGUAUGGAGCCGACUUUGUGCCCCCCUCUCGAUGCGCAAGCCUAUCGAUUCUAUCGUAAGUAAUGACGGCUUGCGCACUUCGUGUGGAAACUGCUCAGAAUUACGAGGAACAGCCCUCUACAAAUGAAAGGAGUGACGUCGUAGGCAUCUUUCUUAGUAAAUCUAGGCUACCGACAGCAGAUGGUUUGCCGCUAAUGUCGAAGACUGCAAUUUCGCAACAUGUUCCCGUGGUCCGUAAUAUUUUUUCGGCCGCCUGUACAUUGCUUUUGCAGUUGCCUUUUGUGAUAUGCCAUAUUCUUAUAUGCAUUGGUCACCUUUCGUACCUGGCUGAUAGUAUAGCUGGGAGAUCUUUCAUGUGUCGUGAGCAAGUGACAAAGCUGCAGUUCUUUUUUUUUCCGUUGAACUACAGGAGAGCUGUGCUUGUGUUGGACAUGUUACUGAUCGCUUAUGUGAGAAAUAAAGAACUCGUGGCUUCCCUGA